AUGCAGUCGUGCGGAGGCGCCGCGGCGGGACGCCGAGCCUUCGACAGCAUCUGCCCCAACCGGAUGCUGGAGCUGCGGGGCCGGCCUUUCGUCAAGCCCGGGAAGCUGGAGAGGAAGUUCGCCCCGCCGCGGAAGUUCUUCCCUGGUUGCAGCGGCAGCAGCCCAGUGUCGGUGUACGAAGAUCCCCCGGACGCGGAGCCCGCUGCGCUGCCAGCGCUCACCACCAUAGACCUGCAGGACCUCGCGGACUGCUCCUCGCUACUCGGGUCCGACGCGCCGCCUAGUGGUGACUUGACCGCCUCGCAGAACCAUUCUCUGCAAACUGCAGCGGACUUCGAUCUGCAGGAUUUCAGAGACACAGUGGAUGAUCUCAUUGCAGACUCAUCCUCUUUGAUGUCGCCUCCUCUGGCCGGCGGAGACUUCCCCUUCUCUCCUUGCGACGUAUUGCCAUUUGGGCCCUGUCUCUCUCCGCCGCUGGACCCAAGGGCCCUGCAGUCACCGCCGCCGCGCCCUCCGGACGUGCCCCCGCCGGAGCAGUACUGGAAGGAGGUGGCCGACCAGAACCAGAGGGCACUGGGGGACGCGCUCGUUGAGAAUAACCAACUGCACGUGACGCUGACCCAGAAACAGGAGGAGAUCGCCUCGCUCAAAGAGCGGAACGUUCAACUGAAGGAACUUGCCAGUCGGACCCGGCACCUGGCCUCGGUGCUGGAUAAGCUGAUGAUCACACAGUCCCGGGAUUGCGGAAGGACAGCCGAGCCCUUCCUGCUCAAGGCGACAGCCAAAAGGAGCCUGGAGGAGUUGUUCAGUGCUACCGGGCAGGAUUGCGCGGAAGUGGACGCCAUCCUGAGGGAGAUUUCCGAGCGCUGCGAUGAAGCGCUGCAGAGCCGCGACCCCAAGCGGCUGCGGCUACAGCCGGAGCCCGCGAGCAAGGCAGGCAUGCCGGGGAACCUGCACGGCACCUUCCGGGGGCUGCGCACAGACUGCAGCCGGAGCGCGCUGAACUUGAGCCACAGUGAGCUGGAAGAGGGCGGCUCCUUCAGCACCCCCAUCCGCAGCCAUAGCACCAUCCGCACCCUCGCUUUCCCCCAGGGCAAUGCCUUCACCAUUAGGACAGCCAACGGGGGGUACAAAUUCCGCUGGGUCCCCAGUUGAGCUAGGAUGUGGUGCCCCCAAACACUGCCUUGUAUCCGGACUGAAGCGCCUGGAGGCUAAGUGGGAGUAGCUGGAACUGUUUCCUGAACCUGGACUCUCAGAAGAGCUCCCCCUGCUGGGCGAAUGCUACCCUGAAACUUAUUUUUCAGGAGCAAAAACGUCUCCAUAAUGAUGUACUGUAAAGUCUUGGUAUAAAAUACUGUAUAUUCCCUCCCCUUUCACAGUGUGCGUGUGUGUGUGUGUGUGUAAACACAUAUAUAAAUCUCAAUCAAUUUUUAAAAAGUAUUUUUAGCAGCUUUGAAUUAUGUACCUUUAGAACUGGAAAGGACUUAGAAAUCACUUAGCUGUUUUAUAAUUAUAUAAUGCCCUACUUUUAUAAGAAGGAAAAGGAGGCUCUAAGAGAUGAAGUAAUUUUCUAUAAUAAGAAGCAUUAUUGGGAACUUCUGGUCUUUCUCACUAGUUAUUUAAAGAUUGGUCCAGAAGCCAGGUUUCUGAGUGAAUGCUUCCUUACAUCACUCAACUUCCCCUGGUCCUGGAAGGACCCUUAAUUUUCUUACUGUUGAAAACUUUUAUUCUGGUUGGAAGAAUAAAAAGUUAGGAGAGAUAGCCAAAACACUUGCUUUAGGGCAAUAAAGUAGAGAAAAAUGUAGAUGCUCAGAGGCAAUGGGCUAUCUACAAAAUGGGUGCUAAACACAUUUGUUUGUAAUGAUCAUUCCUAUAAUUUUGUAAGAUUUAUGGUAUAUGUUUAUAUUAAUUAUAUAUAGUUUAUAUGUCUGAACAGAAGAAUCACACAAAAAGCAAACUGUGUUGAUAAAAAAAACGUAAGUUUUAAGAAAAUGGCAUAUUUCACCUGAAAAAUAAUAUGUAUUUGUA